AUGUAACAUUGGUUAUUUCUUCACGUGAACACAGGAUGGCAUCCCUUCCCCUGGAGCUACGACCUCCAUUAAUUAUUGCUCUUGCUGGCCUUGAACGUGAUGACACCAAAAAACUAUUUACUGCUGUUGUAGGUGAAACAGGGGAAGAAUCCUGGAAUAAGAUGACAUUUCAGUCACCUGCACUCGUGCCAUUGUCUUCUGUCCCUUUAUUCUUGAUUUUCAAUGCAAUCGUUCAUAAAUCCAACCCAGAGAAUCUGCCUAAUACAAUGACUGAUGUAAUGACAAAAGUACUUCAUAUUUUCAUGCGUUCCUCACACACUCUGGAGAAAAAAUCGAUUGAAAUAAUUCUUCACAAUUUGAUGAAAAUGUCAUUUGAAGCCACUCGAGAAAAGCGAGUUAUUUUCAACAAUACCGAUCUAAAAAACGCAGGACUUACAAAAGAAAUGGUACGUGAUCUCAUCAUAGAAGUACCUGGAGGCAGCUCACUACUUAAUCAACAUCUUUUGGAAGGUGACACUCUGAUGUUCUUUAGUCAUCAAAUCCUUCAAGAAAUGUUAGCUGCUCUGUACAUCGCCAACAUGGAUAUCGCAACUUUCCAAGCAUUCGUCACUAACGAGAUCCACAAAGAUCACUGGUCCGUUGUUCUACGGCUCCUGUGUGGAACUGUUUUCGAUCAAAAAAUUAAAGCUCAAUUCAUCAAAGAUCUUACAACUGAUACUGGACUAGAAAAGCAAAAUUGUCUCAAACAUGCACUCACAACUAAGAUAAAUCAAUGUACGAAAUCCUAUCAGAAGUUGGAGUUGUUUGGUGCGUUAUAUGAAACCAAUGAUGCCGAGCUCAUUAGAUCCCAUGUUCAAGAAAUCAACUUCGAAAACGAGUCUUUCACUGCAGCAGGAAUGUGUGCAAUGUCAUGUGUCAUGCGACGAUGUGGUCAUCUGGAACAAGUUCGCCUUGUCAAAUGUGAGCUCAAUGCAGAAUUAUUGAAAAACUUCGAGUUCAACUUGAAAGGCUCUAUAGUGAAGGUGUCAAAAUUUGAUAUCAGCUUAAAUCCGAUGUCCGUUGAAGCUUUUGAUAUCUUCGGUUCAGUUUUAACAAACAUUGAAGUGGAAAAACUCGUUAUGCAUGGCUGCUCACUUACAGAAGAAAAGCUUCGUGUGCUUGGAAGACAUUCCCAUUUAAAGAUGCGCGCUCUGGAUAUUCGAACUAUCACAAACAUGACAUUUGACUUGUAUUUUGCAAUUGUCAAGUUCGCAUCUGAACAUGGUGUCAAAGAAAUUUUGAUGGAUGCAUGGGAUUACUUCAAGGCAAGCAAAGAGCAGCUGUUGGAACUGAGUAAAUGGAAAGUUUGUGGAAAGAUCCGCGUUCUUGAUGUUCGAACUAUUACAAACAUGACGUUUGAUCUGUAUCUUGCAAUUGCCAAGAUUGCAUCUGAACAUGAUGUCAAAGAACUUCUGAUGGAUCCGUGGGAUUGCUUCAAAGCAAGCAAAAAUCAGCUGCUGGAACUGAGUAAAUGGAAAGUUUGUGGAAAGAUCAAUGUUCUGGAUGUUCAAUCCAUCACUCAAAUGUCAUCUGAUCUAUGUCUCACCAUAUAUGAGUUUGCAAGUCAAAGGGCAGUCAAAAAAAUUCUAAUGGAUUCGUUGGAUUUCUCUAAAGCAAAUAAAGAGCAAUUAAAGAAAUUAAGCAAAUACAAACUUUGUGGGAAGAUAUCCAUUAUUGAUAUCAGCCAAAAUUCAAUGGAUGAAGAGGCUUUUGAUGCUCUUGGUGACCUUUUAUCAAAAUAUGAAGUUGACCAACUCAUUGCAAAAAAUUGCCAGCUAACAAAAGCAAAACUUGAUGCUCUUGGAAGUCAUUCUGGAUUAAAAAUAUCCGUUAUUGAUAUCAGUCAAAAUUCAAUGGACGAAGAAGCUUUUGAUGCUCUUGGUGACCUUUUUACAAACUAUGAAGUUGACCAACUCAUUGCAAAAAAUUGCCAGCUAACAAAAGCAAAACUUGAUGCUCUUGGAAGUCAUUCUGGAUUAAAAUUAUCCAGGUUUGACAUCAGUGAAAAUCCAAUGGAUGAAAAAGGCUUCGAUGCUCUUGGUUCCGCUUUAACAACAAAUAUAAAAGUUUCUGAACUUGUCAUGCAAAAUUGCCGACUGAAUAAAGAAAAACUAGAUGCUCAUGGAAGUCACUCAGGAUUACAGAUUCCAAAGUUGGAUGUCAGUCUAAAUUCAAUGAAUAAAGAAGCUUUUAAUGUGCUUGGUUCACUUUCAAAUAGUGUUGGAGUUGAUGAGCUCAUCAUGCGGGAUUGCCAAUUAACAAAAAUCAAACUUGAUGCUUUUGGGAGUCAUUCUGGAUUGAAGCUAUCCAAGUUUGAUAUCAGUGAGAACCCAAUGGAUGAAAAAGGAUUCAAUGCUCUCGGUUCUUUAUUGACAGCAAAUAAUAAGGUUAUUGACCUUGUCAUGCAAAAUUGCCAACUCACAAAAGAAAAAGUGGACGCUCUUGGAAGUCACUCAGGAUUAAAGAUUUCCACUUUGGAUAUCCGAUCAAUAAUCGGCAUGACAUUCAAUCUAUUUCUUGCAAUAUCUAAGUUUGCAACUGAGAGUGAGGUCGAAGAACUUCUGAUGGACCCAUGGAAAGAGUUCAGAGCAACUAAAGAUCAAAUAAUGGAAUUGAGUAAAUGGAAAGUCUGUGGAAAGUUGGAUGAACUUAAUGUCAGUAACAACAAGGAUCUUGGCGCUGCUGGUUUUGGUAAGGUUGGAACAGUUGUUUCAAAAUUCCACGUGAAGGAAUUGAAGGCUCAGAAUUGCAAUCUGACAGCAGAGGGAAUAAAAGCAUUCAAGGAAAACACUCGCAAUGCCAAGUUGAAUAUACUAGAUAUCAGUUUGAACAAGAAUCUUGGCAUUGCUGGCUUUGGUGAAGUUGGAACAGUUGUUUCAAAAUGUCAGGUGAAGGAAUUCGAAGCUAGGAGUUGCAAUCUGACAUCAGAAGAAAUGAAAGCAUUCAAGGAAAACACUAGUAAUGCAAAGUUGGAUAUACUAGAUAUCGGUUGGAACAAGAAUCUUGGCACUGCUGGCUUUAGCGAAGUUGGAUUAGUUGUUUCAAAAUGUCAGGUGAAGGCAUUAGAGGCUCAGGAUUGCAAUCUGACAGCUGAAAGAAUAAAUGCAUUCAAGGAAAACACUAGUAAUGCCAAGAUCGACAGCUUGAAUCUGAGUUUGAACAAAGUCAGCAAACUCGGAGAUGCAGGAUUAUCUACAAUCAGUGAAAUUGUUCAUCAAUGCCACGUUGGAACAUUGAACAUGCGGUAUUGCGACUUCGACGAUGAUCAGUUGGAAAGAUUCAAAGCAUUGAUUGCUGAUACUGGGGUUGAGUUCGAUGGCUUCCAGUGAGUCACAGACGCCGUAUCCGAGGAUGAUUUUAUUGGAAUAUUUGAUUUAAAAUUAUAUUAGUUCCACAUUUCUUCAGUUUGUCUGUCUGAGAUAAUCACUUUUCGUUUCGUUUCAAAAUUUUCGAGCAAUUUGUUUUUAAUUAUUUUUUUCAAUUCUGUCUAUAAUAUUUAGCAAGUAUUUCUUUUUAUUUUCAUUCAUUUCAUCAAAUAUUUCAGUCAGGGAUAAUUAACUAGUUGCAUACAAUAAACAAUGGAAUAACUGUUAUCUACAACCUGGCUAUUUGACCAGACAUUUUUUGCCCACGGAUUGCCGUGUUAGACUUUUAAUGCUUUUAUAUUUUCGUAAGUAUGAAAAUAUGAAUCAAAAAUUAAUUAUCGGGCAGUUUACCACACUUUUUAUGUCAACAGAUGGCCGUGAAAUUUUAGAGUAGUAGGCUGGCUAAUGCUUUUAUUUUUAACCAUAAGUUAUGUUGAAAAAAGCUAAAUUAAUACGGCAAGGCAUUUUAAAUGCUGGUAUCGGUCAUUGAUUUGAAUAUUUUGCUCAACAGAAAAUCAUCCUAAUAAAAAGUCGUUACUUUCAAAUAUUUGCCAAAAUUCGAAAAAAGUAUAAAUUAUAUUUUUCAAAAAAUCAACUUGUUUUUACCGACUUGGGACAAUUUAUUUGGUAUCGUAACAUUUGCAGCUUUAUAUAAUUUUCGAAUUUUUGACGUAAUGCAAAUGAAUGCGUAACUAAAAACACUAUGUCGCUGGAGAGGCAACUAUCAAAAAUUAUAAAAUACCAUUGAGCGCUAAACAUGGAGUAGCAACCGAAUGCUGGGUGUACGCUUGACAUAAUUGAUAUUCUCCAAUACAAGUACCAAUGUCAAUAAAAAUACUUUAAUAGAUGGAACCAUUUUUGAACAAAGAUGUAACAUCUCUUCCUCAAGGCUGGUUUCAAGUCGAUUUGGCCGCUUUUAUCGAAUUGGGCCCCGCACCCUGCGCUAGUUUUUUCUGUAUUAUUUAUCUGUAUUAUGAGGUACAAAAUACUGCUGAAAACGUAAAAUAUAAAGUGAGAUAAUCUUUCUCAUAAUAUUAAUUUGUUAUGCAUGGUAAAUUUAGUAAAUUAUCGUUCUGUCGCCAUUAGCAAUUAAAAGACUCAACUGUUUGUCAAUGCUUCUUCUAGAAAGCAAAAUAGCUGAAGCUGUUGAUUUUGAAUGAAUUUUCUAAUAAAAUGGCUAGAAAAGUAUUUUUCUGAAAGAGUAUAAUGAAAUUGCCUAUUUUGCAUUUCUUGAUGUUAAAAGUAAAACAAUAAAAACAUCCUAUCAGCCUAAAUUUGUUUUAUAGCAAGUAUUAAAUUUUUUUAUUUUUUUUAUAUAAAGACCCAUAAAUUCUAAUAUGAAGAGUAGGGGGUCUGCCAUCAGAUUUCUAAUUGGGCCCCGCAGAACCUAGCACCUGCUCUUUCGUUGUCUACGAGAAUUCUUUGUCUUACCGUUAUGACUUCAACCCCAUAUAAUUUUGGGAAUUAUC